CUCAGAUCAGAGAUUUACGCACAGAUGUUAGUUUUGACGCAAUGGAGAGCACCGCAAAAAAGAUGGCAAUAGAAAGCAACGCGACCACUGAGUUUGCGGAGGAGAGAGCCCGCAAGAGGAAGAGGCACUUCGAUGAGGACGCAGAGGAUGACCCAAUCCAGGACAGUAGAAUUCGCUUUAAAACUGAAGUUUAUUUUUACGUCCUUGAUAUUUUUGUUGGACAGUUUGAGAAUCGAUUUUCAGAUUUUAAAGAAAUGGCCAAACUGUUCACAGUACUCAACCCGAAGCGAUUUGAGCACCCUGAUGCUGAAAAGAAAAUGCUGGAGCUCGCACGUUUCUAUUCAGAAGACAUCUCCAAGCCAGAGGAAGUUGUGGAGGAGUUCCACUCUUUUCGGAAAUUGUAUUCCGAGUUAGCCAUGGAUCUUAACUCAGAUGCAAUCCUGCCAUUCCUCAUUGCCAACGACAUGGAUAGAGCAUACCCAAAUCUGGCCAUUCUCCACAGAAUAUACAAGACCAUUCCCAUCAGCAGCGCCAGUGCCGAACGAAGUUUCAGCCGCCUGAAGCUCAUUAAGAGUUAUUUGCGUUCGUGCAUGGAUGAGGCCAGACUAUCCAACCUCACUUUGCUGUGUGUUGAGCGGGACAUAAACAUUGACAAGGACAGAGUGGUUGGCAGGUUUGCCACCAUGAAGGAGAGGAGGAUGGCGUUUUAAACGGGACAGUGAUAUGUACAAAGUUCUUUAAUCUGUUCGUGUUUGAGUAAUUUUUUUUCUAUGGAUUAUACGGAAUUGAAAAAUGGAGUACACAGCAGGCCGAGGCGAAACAA